AUGAACGCACGUUAUGAAGUCAGCCAGGCCAAUGUCGAAGUUGAAGUCGAUAUUUCGACAACGGCCUCAGCUCCCCGAUAUGCUGACUGCAGAGAGAGUCAUGAUGCCGGGGUACAGUAUGAUGCCGUCACUAUCUACCCACCGCAAUAUCCAAACGGCUUGGCCGUUUAUUGCCAUUUAGAUUGGGUGGUGAUUCAGAAACGUAUGGACGGGUCGGUGAAUUUUACCCGUAGCUGGGCCGAGUACCGAGACGGCUUCGGUGACCUGAAGGGGGAGUUCUGGCUGGGCAACGAGAUAGUCCGCCAGCUGACCUCGGAAGGCACUUGGCAACUGCAGAUAUUUGUAGGUGGUGGAGACCGCGGCAGUAGAAUACUUCUUGAGCAAUUCCAGAUCGCAGGUGACAACUACACACUAUAUGCUGAUCCAUCGCCUCAAUGGCCAACAGGCAAGUCAAUGACUGACGUUCACUCAGGCCAGCCGUUCUCAACCUACGAUCGCGACAACGACGCCGAUGGCAACGCCAAUUGUGCCGCUCAGCUGAAGGGAGGCUGGUGGUUCAAGACUUGUACUGGAGGAGUCGGGAAUGUGGAUCUCGUGCCGACUAACCUGAAUGGGGAGUAUUCCUAUCCCGUCAACUACACGGGGCAAGAUUACCGCGGUAUGAGGUGGGCUGGUGCAUUGGAUGGCCAAAUGUCGCGUUCCUCCCUCAUGGUUCGUCGCGGGAGUAUGAAUUAAUGUUAUUUCCCUUGCUGCAAAUUACACGAUUCCUUCGUGAAAUGUUUGUCAUUUAUUUGGAAAUAUCUUCGGAGGGUCUUGUUAAACGGUCAAAUGGAAGCUGAUUUGAUUUCGCAGUUUUGUCCUCGCUAGAACAGGGUUUUUUUCAGGCCCAUCAAACGGUUCCAACAUAAGGGGUCGUUUAGGCUUUUGGUAUCAAUAUUAAAAUAAUAAACAUAGAAUAGAGUGGUAAUCUGUUCAACAUUAUGAACAGGUGUUUAGUAUGAGGUUUUUAUCUGUUAACGAGAUGAGCUUAAGAUACAAUUAUUAAUGGUAUAAUAAAAUGAUAAUUAAUUUUUUAGCAUUCAGAGAAGUGAGUAACUAAACCUAUUAUCUCAAAAUGUAGGGUUCCAUACCUUUUCUCGUGAAUAUGAUGAUUUAUUGACUAUGAGGUUUUUCCGGCUUUUUUUAAAGGAGUUUUCGUUCAAAUUCACCCGCUUUUAAGAGAAUCAAUCGAGUCAAUAACCAAAAAAAUUCAAAGUUCUGCUACCCUCUUUAGUCAGCGGGUCGAUAAUAUUCGUCAU